GUUACCGCGUGAACGUUUUAAGGAGACUCUUAAAUCGCUGCGUUUUGUUUCACGUUGAACAAAUCAGUUGUUACAGUUUUUUUAUUUUAAGUUUCCAGUCACGAUGUUUCUGCACUUUUAUCUGAAUGAAAACGGGGAAAGAGUUUACACGCUGAAGAAGAUGGAUCCGACAGGUCAGCCCACGGGCUCAGCCCACCCGGCCCGCUUCUCCCCAGAUGACAAAUUCUCUCGGCACCGGGUGACAUUGAAGAAACGCUUUGGCGUCCUGCUCACACAGCAGCCGCAGCCUGUUCUGUGAAACGACGAGGAAGUUGGACCAGGCGACACAGACGAUGACUCACGCUCCUGCCCUGUGAAUGAACCGACAGCCAGGACUCAACACGGAUCCAUGAUGGCUUGCAUCUACGCCGUCCACAGCUUCACCUUACACCGACUCAG